GUGCGUGGGAUGACGGGUUAUGUGAACGUCCCUAAUAGGGCCUAAAUAGUAUACAAUCAUUUGGUUUGCAAAUAACAUAACAGAAGUGGUAUUAUUUCUUAUUAGAACCAACUGUUGGAGCCGUAUUUCUUUGGAAUAGAAGUCAUGGCUUCAGAAAGCCAAUCACAUGCUACAGCCGUGUUAAAAGACCGAACUCGUCGUCAUGGCGAACAUCGAAGUGCAGACAGUCUAUCCCCGUCUUCACCACAAGUUGCUCGCGCCAGAUCCCCGGGGAGACACCAUCGGGAGGGGGAACACUUGUCCGACAAAUUCCCCGUCGAGUUGGGAUUCAGUGAUGGAAACAUAAUGCGGCCAGUACGACUGAGCAAUGAUCCAUUUGGACCCCCAUCAUCCAUGGUGAUUCCUCCGCUUAUGAUUAAUAAGAAGACAACUAAUGCAGACGUCCAGGUAACCAAGAAAGAGUUCCGUAUCGACAUGGACGUCAGUGACUUCGCCCCAGAAGAGCUUGACGUUAAAAUCAUUGGAGACCACAUGGUUAUUAAGGGCAACCACAAAGAACAUCCAGGUGAAAAUGCUAACUUCUCUCGUCAUUUCUGCCGUCGAUACACAUUGCCUGAGGAUAUUAUCGUGGAAGAUGUGACAGUGUUUCUAGCUAAGACAGGUAUGAUGUGCGUUAAAGUUCCUCGCAAGACGUUAGCAGAAGAACGGCAUGGUGCUGAACGAAAACCCAAGGUAAAGUUUCAAGAAGAUGAAGUACAGUCGUAGAUACCCUGACAUCACAUCGCACUUGGGUAAAAACAAGAUAACAAAACUUUGAUGCAACUGUCUUCGCAAAGUGUUAUUGUGCUGGAUGAUACUUGUAAUAAGAACUGAAUCUUAGAUAUAAAGAAAACUCUCACCCACGGCAGCUACAAGACGAAUUAUAUUAUUUCUGUGGACAUUGAUAGUAGGGUCUACAUGGAGGCCAUGUUUAUAAAAAGCUGCAACAAUAGCAUCCAUCUCAUUAAUGACAAAAAAUGGCGGAAAUAGAGUAAACCAAAGAUUAUUAGUAAAAGAAAUUUUUGAAAAACCUUUCACAUGCACCAAUACUUCAUUUUUGUUGGCAGAAAUAGAGUAAACCAAAGAUUAUUGGUAAAAUAAAUUUUUGAAAAACCUUUCACAUGCACCAAUACUUCAUUUUUGUUGUAACAAUUUAAUUAAAAGACUUGUAAUCGAGGGCUUCCAAAUAGUUACCCGACUACAGCCGCGGAAUGCAUGACCCCAGGUUCAAAUUAGAUUUCAGCAAACGUCACUUGUGUGUAUGUAGCCUUGCUCAAGGCAGUCGCAUUAUUCGCUCCGAAAAGACGCCGCUGUAAACC